GACCAAGGACCGAGAUACCGGCCGGGGGGGGGGGCGCCUUGGCCUAAGCCAAAUAUUUUUAAUUUGUAAAAUAUGGCUGUUGUUACAUGUUGUAACUCGGUCUUUGUGUCAGACCAUUUCCUUGCCCCCUUGAAAGUCCAACUCUACGGAAUUAAAUUGUAUGAACAAACGAUGUGACCGGUUCAUUGGAGUAAUUAUGUCCCUACUUUUGUCAGAAUGCUAUUGUAGAUCCAGUGCUUUUGGACGACACAACAUCCACCAGGAAUGCAUCUUCUGACGAGAAAGUGGUUUCAACUGACGGUAAACGAUGUGAAGUUUUGAUCGAAAAUAAACAAUGAAGGACUGUUUUGUUAGAUAAAAUCAUAGUGGUAAAAAAUGUUCCUUCUUUCUUUCUGGUGGACACAUUUUGUAGGAUUUGUCCAACUCCCCUUUAUUGAGAAUGCAGACAUUUAUAUGAAUUGUCCCUUUAAAUUGCAUAUGUUGUUCAAUCUAAAUUUCAUGGAUGAGUUUGUCCUUCUCCAUGCAUCCAUAUUUCGUGCAAUUAUAUCUUUUUUGUUUAUGUCGAUACUAUAACAUCAUUUAAACUAUUAGAAUCAAUAAUCUUAUAAACGAGGGGCUCAAAAACAGUCUUUGAACUGCACAUUAUCUACAAUUAUUUGUGUACUAUUUUAUAUGUAAGCUUACUUAAUCUAGCUGUAGCUUAAGUUUUUAUGAUUUUGUUUUGUAAUUUUCUUAUAUUUUAUAUUCGCUAUGGUUUUUUCUACCUAAGUUAUCCUUCCUCAUAGGUGUAUGAGACACAGGGGCUGGGGGGAGGCGGCAAAAAUUUUAUCUAAACUUCGGUGACCCAUAGCUACGCUGAAACCUAAGUUGCUUUGCAGAAAAGAUUUUCAUUGAAGUUCAAUUUAUCCGUAAACUUUCCUAUCGUACGGAAACCUUUUAAAAACCUUUCAUGAAUAACCUUCAACAACUUUUAACGAAAUCUGCAAAGGAAAACAUUGGAUACUGCGAGGGCGGUGUGUUGCAGUUGCUGUAACUGGAGCCAAUCUUGGCACCACGAGGAUGGAGAAAAUGAACCAUGAUAGUGAUGGCAGAUUUGUAAACGUUUUACAGGUAAUCCAAGAUGGAGAAUUUAUUGCAACUCCAAUUGCUGGCCAGAGAGGCUCUGACAGUUAUGACAUCUUUCUUGCUGACUUCAAUAAUUACAUGAAUGAGAUUACACAAAAUGGAAAGCUCUUUUCCAGUCAAAAUUUUAAAAUUGGGGAGGUAGUUGGAGUUUAUUGUAAAAUACAAGCUUCAGAUCAUGACAAAUUAUGGUACAGAGGAAGGGUACUGAUUAAAUUUUCAAAAGUGAAUGGCAUCACUUCAAAAGUUCUUCUUGUGGACCACAAUGCAACAGUACUGGUGCCAGGAAUACACAUGGCAAGGUUUGAUGCAAAAUAUCAAGAUUUCCCAUAUCAAAUGAUGAAGUGCAAUUUCUAUGGAUUGAAACCAUUGAGCUAUAAAUCAACUCCAGAUAGUCUUGUCAGUCAACAGAUUUCAAAACACUGGGACUCUUCAACUAAAACUCGUCUGCAAGAAUUCACUCAGGGUUGCUUGUGUCGACUGCAUGUUUGUGAUAUUGACAAAGAAGGAGUCUUCCACGUGACAUUGUACAAAUUAGAGUUUGAUGCAGUUGGGCGACAACAAGAGACAAACAUCAAUGAGCUUCUUGUCAAAGAAAAGUACGCAGUUUUUGAAGACCCGGGCCAAGGAAAGCAAUUUCCACAGAACGGUAGCGAUGACGCUGCCAGCACAAUCAGUGGUGAUAUGAGUGUAAAUUCCGACAAUGAGUCGACAAAGAUGUCUCAGAAAGAGCUAGAAAGGAUGCUGGAACGAAAGAGAAUUGCAAUGAAACGAUUUAAUCUUGGAAUCGACUCAGCAUUAGAUGAGUACAGGGAAGCCUUUGGCCGCCCACCUCCUGCUACAGUUGAAGACAAAGCUGAUUCUCCGCUUGGAGGGACAAAUGGAAUGAGUGCACCGGAAAAUGGAAUGGCCCAACAAAAGCAUCCAAGCAGCCUGUCGCAUACAAAGAGUUUGGAUAAAGGCGGGGCCAAAAAGACGCCCAGAAUGGUUCCAGCCAAUUGCAGUGAUGGAGUUAACAUAGAUGAUGAUUCGUCGCAUGUAGACGAUAUGUUUUUAGCUGUAAAUCGCAGUGCAGAAUCCAGAAGACUGCUUGAUACUUUACUAGGUAAACAACGCAUCGAAGAUGAGCCGCCAGGUCUGCAGGAAAUUCAACCUGAAGAUAAAGAAGAUGCUCCUAUGUUAAAGUUGGGUAAGAAAGACGAAAAGUCUGUUAGGCCGGUACCAAAUGGAAAAAGUACAGGGGAAGGUGGUGCCACUAAAGGGAGUUUGAUAUGGUCCAGAAUCAAAGCUCAGGAUGGAGAUGCUGAUAUAUCUUCACUUACCGAUACGGACACUGACAAUGAGCGCGAAAAGAGAAGAUCCCGCUCACGUGAUAAUGCUGGUUACACGAGUGACAGCUCCUAUGCUUCCGCAGAGCGUAUUCUGGAAACUCUUUCUCAGGAUAGAGAUGUAAGCUCAAAACAUGGAAGCACGCCUUUUAAAGCUAUUCGCUACGAGAAUGAGUGUCAUAAGCAACAUUUUAAAAACAAAGGCGACGAUAACUCGUUUAGAAUUUCUGCUGACUCGUUGGAUCUCCUGAAAGCCUUAGGAGGUAGCUCAGCUGCAAAAGUUGCAGAGACGUUGCCGAGAUCGUUUGAAGAUGUCUUGGUAUCAGGAGACAGCAGGCCAAAAUGCUCGCUGUCGUUUGAGGAACUGGGGAUUCCCUCGUGGCUGAGAUUUUCGCUAAGGGACAAAGAAACUAAGACUGUUUUCACUAAACCAACAGUCUUGCAAUCUUACGUUUGGCCAGCAACAAUGAGAGGAAGACAUGUUGUCGGUAUUGACAGGGCAAAAAGUGGGAAAACCCUUGGAUAUCUGGUGCCAAUCUUAAAGCAAGUCAUUGAGACACCACUCAUUUACAAGAAUCUUCCAAAGGAAACCGGGCCUAUUGUCCUCAUUUUGACAACUGACUGGAACGAGGCAAGGAACAUUCAUAGCACUUGCGAAAAGAUAGUAUACACACACCGCAAAAAUUACAGGGCGAAAAUUUUGUAUGGAGGCCGUGGAAAAAUGGAAGAGGAAAUGGUGGAUUUGAUAAACGGCUGUGAGAUACUAGUUGCUACUAUACCAUCCCUUUUAAACAUGCUUGAAAAGCACUGCACGAGUCUUGUGAGACUGUGCCAUCUUGUAUUUGAUGACGUCAACGUUCUAGUUGAAAUGUUUGCCGAAGAAAUCAAGGUUCUUAUGAGGCAAUACGCAGAUUCCUUGAGUAAAACGGUCGCUUUAAAUCUUCCACAUCAGUUGGUUGCCAUGGGAACUGAGUGGUCACGUGGCGUAGAGUCACUAGUCAAUGCAUACUUUGAUAACCCACUCAUGAUUAUACCAAACAUGAUGGAGGCAUCAGUCUUCAAGCAGGUUAAGCAGCAUGUUGAGAUUUGUCCUGCAAACCAAAGGAUUGACCAUUUAGUUAGUUUCUUACAAAACAACGGCGCAGAUGAAAAGAGUGUUAUCUUUGCGAAUUCAGCAAAAGAAGUUGAUAGUCUAGCAAAGCUUCUUGAGUCUCAAUGCAUUGCUGUCAUCAAGGCCACAGAGUUCAUGUCACCCACGUCACUCAUGGAUGCCGAAGCUAGUUGGAACUUCAUUGUCCAAUCAGGGGAAACAAAAAACACUGUUUUAGCUAUGACUGAUCGUGGAGCUGCUCGCAUGUCCGUGAGAAAUGCUACGUGUUUGAUUAACUACGAAUUUCCCACUAAAAAAUCAGAUUUUGCCAAUCGACUUGCCUGUUUGCUUGGAGCCAUGAAAGAGAAGAAUGAGAACAUGCCUGAGCAAUGCAAGGCUUCUUCUUUGAUACUGAUUACCGAGCAAAAUGAAUUCUGCACACCCUCAGUUGUGAAAUUUCUGACCCGAGCAAGGCAGCCCGUACCAGUCACUUUAAAUUCGAUUGCAGAAAGCACCACCCAGCAUAAGGAAAAGAGAGCAAAGAUAUGCUGUAUUUGCGAUGACCUUAAGUUCUUUGGCAAAUGCAGAGACCUUCAAAAAUGCCAGCAAAGACAUACAAUUUUUGCUGAUUCUGACGAGCCAAAGAAUAUCCCAAAAAGAGGAGUUGUCAAGGUCAAAAUACUUGAUGUUGUGCAUGCCAAUGUUUACUGGGGCAAAAUAAUGGAGCAUCGAUUGCCAGUUGGAGCUGAUGAGCGCGAAAAAUAUGACACAAAGGCAUACUUUAAACUGGCUUGCGACAUGCAGAUAUACUAUGCAAUGAAACAGAAUCGAAAGAGACAUGGAACGUCGCCAGAAGGAGUCCUAGUAGAUGAUUUAUGUGUCAUCGAAGCAGAGGAGAUAUACAAAAGGGUGCGUGUUCGGUCAGUUGUGCGACGUAGUGCGCAGACUGGUAUAGCCACAGAAGUAAAUGUUUUUGGAAUAGACUGUGCAUUGUCAAAAGAUGUGCCGGUUGAAGAGCUAUUAUUUUUACCAAGUAACAAGCAUUUUUCAUUAGAGGAAGUACCAGCUCAGGCGAUCGAACUUGUUGUUUCUGGUGUGAAACCUGUGGACAGCUCUUUUUCUUGGACAAUUGAGGCCUGCCUCAAAGUGAACAAGCUAAUUUGUGGCAAGACACUCGAAGGAAAGAUAGCCUUGGGACUGCGAAAUACUCUUUGGCUUGAUCCAUUGGUUGAAAAAACCAAAUAUGACAGUUUGAAUGCCAAUGUGGCUAAACUUCAUGUUGGUGCAGCUCUUAUCGAGUUUGGUUUUGCAGAGAAAAACAGAGCUCAUGUUUCGAACCUUCGCGAGCUAUGCAAAGACAGUUUGCCCUCGGUCGCCAAUGCGACCAUGGAGAGUGAGAGGCCCAGUAAGCCAGUGACGUCAGACAGCGCCGAUUUAGAACACGAUCACGUUGAAUUGCCUGAUAGUGGUUACCAAGAUGUCUAUGUUGCUGCUGUUGAUAACCCAGGCCUCCUCUUUGUUCAGUUAUCGCAAAAUGUAGACAGGCUUGACAAGCUGGAAGAUAAAAUUGAAGCUGUGAUGAAUGUGCUUCCAAAACAUGAAGAACCUGAUAUUAAAUCUUUAGGCCGUGGAUCAGUUUGUCUCGCAAAGUUCACGAUUGAUGACAAGUGGUAUCGUGCACGUGUGUUGGAAAUUAACGAAGAUAAUGAGUAUCACGUGUUCUAUGUUGAUCACGGUGAUCGAGAGUGGAUUCCAUCUUCAAGGUUAUGGAAAGCAUGGCCGGAAAUUUUGGAGCUGCCUUUCCAAGCGGUCGAAUGUUCGCUUGUGCAAAUUUCUCCGAAAGGGUCUGAAUGGACAACUGAAGAUGGUGAUUGCUUAUGGGAUCUAUGCCAAAAUAAGCUUCUGGUUGCUCAGGUGAAGUCUGAAUUUCCUUCGAAAUUUGCUGGAGAUACUCGAUAUGAAAUUGAGUUGCAUGAUACUACUGGUGAAGUGACUAUCAACAUGAGCCACGAGCUCGUUCUUCUAGGCCGAGCACAGGGGUCACAGGAUUGUAUUCAGGAAAUAUUUCCUGAUGCUUUGUGGUGCUCUGAGGACCGGCAGUGGGAGAACGAAGUUGAGUGCCUGCCAGACAUUUGUUUGCAGAUAUACUUAUCAGAGGCUGUUCCUGAACAAUUGAAGCGAACUAGAGAACUUCAAAGAAUCCUUAAUGAUUUUAAAGGGGAGACGAGUCUUCUAAACAGUGGUGUAAAGUCGAUGUUAAGGUUACUGGCCAUGACCAAAGAGCCUGAAAUCAAAACCUUGUUGAUUGACAGUCUGUUGAUGAUGAUAAGAAAAGAUGAAAGGCUAUGCUUGGAAAUCCGACGUGUCGGUGGACUACAAAUCAUUUGCUCGAUGCUAUCUGAGGAACCAGUUGCGGAAAAAACAAUCACAGUUUUAAAGUUCUAUGCUACAGAUAAGAGAGACCAAGAUUUGAUAAACCAAUAUGGCGGACUAAAAGCAAUUUGCAAUGUUUUAAAGGAAAACCCUUGCAAUGAGGUUGCCGUCGUUGCUUUGGAAUGUCUGUGCGCUUUGUGCGAAGAAAAUGACCAGAACUGCCAACAGUGUUUUGAACAUGGUGUCCUUGGAACAUUAAUCUCGUUUUUACAAACUCCUAAAGAGGGAACAAAUCUGGAUCAAUGUACCUAUGCGUUAUCGGUCCUCGCAAAAUGUUCAAAAGUGCGAGAGAAUCUUUUGCAGCAAGGAGUUUUAGAUGUUCUCGGUGAUUUACUUACGAAGACUCUAAACAGGAAGUGCUUGUUGAACGUGCUGGAGACGAUGAGAACGGCUGUAAACAACAACCAGAUGGUGCGAGAGCAUCUACGAAAGUCCAAAAUAAGGCUGAAGAUCGAGAGGUGAGAGUUUAUAACUCUUGCAGGGUCUACCAAAUUUCCACUGCUUUCUUAUUUAAAAUUGAAGUCUGUAACGUGAAAAUAAUAUCAAAUUAUUAAGACUAUUCACGUUUUGAUAUUCUGUUUAUAUUUACAUUUUAGAUUCCUUUAACUGACAUUUUAAUGCCUCGAAUCUAGGAAUACGUUUUCAAAUAGAAGAGGAAUAUUUUCUUCCUGUGUCUACCUUCCAUCACUUUGACAAGGAUAAUCUAAACACAGUCAUCUCAAAAUGAUUUUCAGAAUGAACAUAUUGAGUAGAUGGAAUAAUAUAUUGUUUCUGUUUGGAUUCAAAGCUUUUUUACACGCAU